AUGCCCUGGCAACCCCUGCCUCGCAUCGCCUUCGCCAUCGCGACCUUCCCCUUCGCCCCCCAGGAGCCCGAGGACCUACCACUCGAGAUUGGCGACGAGCUCUACAUCAUCGAGGAAACCCCUGACGGGAGCUGGCUGCGCGGGUACCUGGUCGCACAACCCUCGCUGGUCGCUGGCUUGACCUCGGUCAAGGGACAGACCCUCGAGGCCAGGAUCUACAAUGGCAUCUUCCCCAGGAGCUGCGUCGAGAUCCGUGAGGUCCUCGGCGAGACAGACGACCCGGAAGGCAACCCCGACGCCGACAGCUUCGUGCAAGCUGGCGACCCGGGCGCCGACUCUGCAAAAAGUGGCGUCACGGGCGACGUAAACAAGCGCCACAGAAACGAUGGCGAGCUGGCCCCGGCCCUCAGCCCCGUCAGUGACGGCGGCCGGCCAAAGAAAUGGGCAAAAGACUUGCCAAAUGGCACACACGGCACCCUGUCCGUCCCCGUGCAAAGGGAUCCCGACGCCCCCCGCCCACAGGCUCCGGUGCCAAUGUUGAAGAUCGGCGACGAGACGCCUACCUCUGUCUCGGAGCCUUUGAUCGACGAGAUCGCUUCCUGUCUCCGCGAGUGGCAUUCUACAAACUUGCACGAGCUUCUGCUGUCGCGCCAGUAUCCCAAGCUCGAGAACCUCGGCCAGCUCGUUACCGCCCUCUACUUUGCGCGAGAGCAGUUUCUGCACAACGUCCUUACGGCGUGGGAGUACAGACGUCUGCGCGAGAGGACCGUUUGGGACCUCGUGCGCGUCAACAAGCUUUGCGGCGGGGAGGUCAUUGUGCGCGAUCCCAAGGAAAAGGGCCGGGUGCUGACCGCCGACGACUCCGUGGUCGAGGUGACCAAGCUGCAGUCCGUCAUGAGCUUGCUCGAUGAGCCGCCCCGCCCUGUGGUGGAGUCCACGUCUCUGCACCACCUGCUGGUCGACGUGCGAAGCGUCGCCGGCUCCCUCAACGAGUCGAUGACUCUCGUGCUUCAUCUCGUUAGACGGCCCCUCGGCGGUCUGCCCGCCCAGCUCUCGGAGCCCUACAUCAUCGAGAUUCCCGCCGGUGGCGCCAUGGGCAGCCUGGGCAAGAACGCACACGCACGCAUGCGGACGCUUUUCGCCGAUCUAUCACCCCAGGACACGGGCACGGCGCCCUCGGUGGAGUCAGAGACAUAUCUGGUGGUGACGGUCCGCGUUGCAGAGCAGAUCGUGACCGGAAAGCCGAGCUCGAGGUCUGGCUCGUUCUCGAGAGAGGCCGGGUCACUGUCAAAGGAUGGCACCCGGCCGCCACUUUCUAGCGGCAACAAGUCCGUGCGGAGGAGUCUGAUGUGGGCUGGGAAGAGCACGAGGUCGGCCCUUUCCAGGGGCUCGCCUAUGGCCAAAGUCGACGAGAGGGCUGAGGAGAGGCCGUUCUCUGGCGGUGCAGAGAGCAGAGAAGGAUCGCAACCCCCGGGGACUGCCAGCUCAAAAGCCUCACACUCGUCUGGCGAUGGGACAUCAACCAUGACAGCAGACCGACUCGCGGGCGUGGGGUGUCUAAGACUUAAUGCCAUCCUGAGGCAAGACGAGGAGGUUGAGCAGGUGCUUGACAUCUGGUCUCCGUCGGCGAGGUUCGUUUCUGACAGAGAGAAUGGAGACGAAUGGGACCCCUUGAUCAGGGAGAUCGUCGACAGCAAGUCCGGGCAAUACGAGAAGUCGAAAACUGCAGAGCGACUCCAGCUGCACCUGAAGGCCUUUAACCACCCAGACUCCGAUGUCCUCAUAAAGGCCACGCCGACGCUGCUGUCCGGAACCACCAAGACCAGAAAAAUGGGUUUCUCUGGGGCUCCCACAAAACCCAGGUCGGACAUCUAUAUCACCAUCGACGAGGCGAUCCUCUCCAAGCAGACGCUGCUGUCACGGUACGGCGGCAGUGCAAGCUCCAUGCCCGCCAACCUGCCAGGGAAUAACGUCCAAGUAACCCUGGAGGUGCGAAACUCAAGCGGUGAGCAGAUUGGUGGGUGCAUAUAUCCCUCAUCAAACUCCGACGGCCUCGACACUUGGAAGUCGCUUGCCGCAGAGCCAGGUGAGCCUUGGAGGCAGACUUUACGCUUGGUGUUGAAGGACGAAGAUGUCCCGGUCGCUCACCUGGUAAUGUUUCUGGCCAACAUGCCCAACGCCCCUUUCGCUGUGGCCUACUUGCCUCUGUGGGACCAGCACGCCUUCAUCAGGGACGGAAUACACGGCUUGCUCCUGUACAAGCUCGACGAAUUUACCUCGUCGGCACAGCCUGGCCCAGUGGGCAAGGGUGGCUACCUGUCGCUGCCACCGACCGCAAAAGGGCACUCGGCAGACGUCACGGGCCCGAUCGCGAUCCUGCGGCUGGAGUCGUAUCUCUGUAGUACGCGGUACUCUCAGGAUCGUGUGGUGCUGGCCCUGCUAAAGUGGAGAGAACGGCCACGGGCCGAGAUCCCCGGCCUGUUGAAAGAACUCAUCUUCGUCGAUGAGAUCGAGAUUGUCAAACUCCUAGACGACAUCCUUGACUCGCUGUUCGGUAUCCUUGUCGAAUGGGCAGGCAAUGACGAAUUCGAGGAUCUUGUUUUCAGUGCUCUGGUUCGGGUGCUGGACAUCACUCACGACAGACGUUUCAAUAUUGCGCCUCUGGUUGACCAAUAUGCGGAAACAAAGUUCAACUAUCCGUUCGCUACACCUUGCCUGGUUAGGUCAUUCACGAGGCUACUGCAGAAGCCCACCGAACCAGAAACGGCAAGGAAGUUGAGGGCCACUUUCAAGGUUGUCCGCCACAUACUCAAAUUCAUCACUCAUGGCCGUGGCCAACAAAAGGAGAAGGAAGCGGGGAUCGGUAUCACCAGCAACAACCCGGGAUUCACUCGCCACCUGCGCAGCAUCUUCAAGGCCCUCGACUCGAUGAUGCGCAGCUCUGCGCCCGUGCUUGUUGGCAGCCAGACGUUGGCAGUCCAACACUUCCACACGUGGCUACCAGAGCUCUCGGGGCUGCUGACAAACGAGGAGAUCCUGCACAUAGCCAUCGAUUUCAUGGACUCCUGCUCGUUCGUCAAAGGCAAGCUGGUCCUCUACAAGCUGGUUUUGAUCAUCAACUACGCGAAAUUAGACAUAUUCUCGCAUCCUGAGCAGAGGUCUGCUCUGAGCGCCAACACCGUCAGAUGGAUCUCCCCUCACUGGGGUCACACCGAAGAAGUGACCGAUGUGUGGAAAGACCAAGUCCGUCUUUGCUGCUCUAUCCUAGCCAGCCAAGUUGAUCACCUCGGCCCAGAGAUCCCAGAUUAUAUACCCAAGCUCAUUGAUUCAUAUCUUUGCAUCCAGGCGGUGCCUCAGCGUCCCAAGGUCGGGCUGUCGCUGUUGUUCCCGACAUCAUACCCGUUCCCCUCGAAGCCUACCAAGGACAAGAUGGUAGUCGAAGAAGCUCUCAUCGAGCUGUCGGCCGUUCUCUCGGCCCUGGCGAGCUCACCGAGCGGGAUGCAGCUGGAGCUGACCGACGAUGAUUUGAGCGUGGUGCUGGAAAACACCCUUCACGUCCACAUGAGCAUCUUACAAGGCGAGGCUUUCCCGCCCGAUUGGCUUAGCGUCCACAUUUACCACCACAAGUCGGCCAUGCGAACCCUACAAUACCUCUCGAGCAUCUUGCUGGAUACCUUCCUGCCGCACCCGGACGAGGCAGAGUCCUUCAACACGGAAUUAUGGAAGGUCUUCUUCACAACCCUGUUGAAGUUGGUUGGGAGCCCGUCACUCGCUCUCGAGACUUUCCCAGAGCAGAAGAGACGUGCCGUCUGGAAGAUCGCGGGAGACGUCCGCGAGCAUGGGUCAGAUCUCUUGAGAAGGACGUGGGAGGCUAUCGGCUGGGACACGAGCCCUGAUGAGAAGCAGCGUUACGGCUUAAGUAGAAUGGGCGGCUACCAAGUCCAAUACGUGCCAACACUCGUCGCUCCAAUCGUGGAGCUUUGCCUAAGUGUGCACGAAGGUCUUAGGAAAAUGGCGGUUGAGGUCCUGCAGACGAUGAUUGUGAGUGAGUGGACGCUGAGUGAGGAUCUGUCCGUCAUUCAGACCGAAAUAAUCGACAGCCUGGACGCAUAUUUCAAGUCAAAGCCCCUCACCGAGAGCAUACUCCAGAAACUCUUCGUUGGCGAGGUUCUCGAUCGAUUUGAGCCCCUGGCCGAGGUCCCCGACGAACCCCUAUACGCGGGGAUCCGCGAUCUCAUGGCAACCGUCGACGAGUUCUUGGACCUACUUGUUGCAGUACACAGUGGGGAUGGUUCUGGCGAGGCUUCAAACCUCAUCAACCGCCUGCGCCUGAUGGAGUUCCUGCGGGACAUGCAGAAAGAAGAGAUUUUUGUGCGCUACGUCCACCAGCUGGCAGAGCUGCAGGCUGGGGCGAGGAACUUCACAGAAGCAGGCCUGGCUCUGCGCCUGCACGCUGAUCUGUAUGACUGGGAUCCACGCAUCUACUUCGAUAUGAUCAAGUAUUUCGAGGACGGGGAAGCAUGGAGCAGUGCGCUCGCCGCCUACAAGGAACUCGAGGCCCAGUACGAGUCGAACGUGUUCGAUUUUGCUAAACUGGCGAGGACGCAGCGGGCCGUCGCCACGAUCUACGAGACGAUUGCUAACAGCGAAAAGCUUGUACCGAAGUACUACAAGGUGGUCUUGAGGGGCCUCGGUUUCCCUGCAAGCGUGCGCGACAAGGAGUACAUCUAUGAGGGCUGGCCGAACGAGCGGGCAUCUGGCUUUACAGAUCGCAUACAAGAGCAGUAUCCUUCGGCGCAGAUAGUGACCAGCGAGAACAUUGACGAUGUGGAAGGGCAAUUCCUGGUCAUUUCGUCCGUCAGUCCCCACCGCGACCUUGCCCACCACGUUUUCCAGCGGGCUAGGGUCCCGCAGAUCACUCGGGACUACAUUAUCUCUGCACAUCCUCAGCGGUUCUCCAUCUCGAUAAAGAGAAGCACCAGCGGCGCGGUCGAGGAGCAUUUUGCCGAAAAGGUCGUGUAUACGACAGCCGAGCCUUUCCCCACCAUACUGCGCCGCAGCGAGAUCGUUGGCGCUGAGGAGAUCCGCCUCGGAGCCAAGGAGGCGGCGCUGGAACGCAUUGUGCGCAAGACGCAAGAGAUGACGGCGGUUGAGAAGAAGAUUGUCGAUGGCGACAGGAGCGACGACGUCGCGCAGCUACUCGUGGAUGCAAUCAGCAUCAGCGUCAACCCAGACUCGGAGAACAGCGUCGUGUGUUACCGUCGACUGGUGCCCGGGGCGCAGCCGACUGGGGACACAGCCUCACAGGCCGAUGACGCAGAAGACUUGGAGGCAUUGGAGGACCAGAUGCUGGAUCAGCCACCCGAGUUGGAUGCACAGGAGAAUGCGAUCAAGAUGGCCCUGAUCGACCACGCGAUCAUGAUCAAAAGAUGCCUCGCCACAUUCGCCAAGAGCUCCAACCAAAUCCUCUUGAACCACCAUGGGGAUUUGCAGAGAUGCUUCGAAGCGACCUUUGCGGCGGAGAUUGCGGCGUUCACACCUCAGCAACCAGCCCGGGACAACCCACUGCCCUCCCCGUCCAUGGCAACACCGACGACACCAAAGCACCAGCACCAGUUCAGCACCGUGUCAGCCAACGGGGCAGCUGAAGUGUCUACAGUGCAGCCGGUAUCCCUGCGCCAGGGCCGUGGCGCGCGGCUGAGCUUCCUCGGCGGCCGCAAAAGGGAGCCGCCUCAGCAGCCACGGACGCCAGUAAACGGCGAGCAGGCCGACAGGAGCGAGGCGGGGAGCAGUCGGGGCGAAAGCAAAGGUGCCGACAGCCACAGGAGGAGCUUCUUCCGCGCGCCGUCGUACGAAAACCAGCGACCUGGCGUCGGCAUCCCAGGCAGCGCGACCAACGGGAGCCAGCAAUCCAACGGGCCGGUGUCACGGUCAGGAACAGAGGCCGGCGAUUGGGUGACGGACUCUGGCAGUCACGGGAGCUAUGACACGCGCAUCCUCGCGAGCACGCCAGUGGACUCUCUUGAUAAGGAACGGGAGAGGCUCGAUGGUGCUGGAACGCCUAAGCUAGGGGGCAUGAAGAAGAGGCUCAGCCUGCUCAGGCUUGGCAAGAAGACGGGCAGAAGUAACGGGGCCAUGGGUGCCCUUGACGAGGAGUGA